UGUCUCUUUCUUCCUCUUCCUCUGGAUUUCCAUGGACCCCCUCCCCUCUCUGCGCCCUUCUCUGAGCCCUCCCUGCCCUGGCCCCAGCCCUCACCAUUCCUGCCCCUCCCUGUCCUGUCCCUCACACCCUUGGUCCUUGCCCUCUUUGUGAGCUGUCCGUCUCUGCGUCAAGCUCACCAACACCUGGCUUUUCCUGGGCCCCAGGAGCUCGCCCUCCACCCUGUGUGCCCUGCAGGAUGCCGCAGCUGAGCCUGUCCUGGCUGGGACUCGGGCCCGUGGCAGCCUCCCUGUGGCUGCUCCUGCUGCUGGGCGGGGCCUCCUGGCUUCUGGCCCGCGUCCUGGCCUGGACCUCCACCUUCUAUGACAACUGCUGCCGCCUGCGAUGCUUCCCGCAGCCCCCCAAACGGAACUGGUUCUUGGGUCACCUGGGCCUGUUUCCUCCGACAGAGGAGGGCUUGAGAGACGUAACUCAGCUGGUGGCCAACUACCCCCAGGGAUUUGUGACCUGGAUGGGCCCCGUCAUGCCCCUUGUCACUCUCUGCCACCCCGACAUGGUCCGGACCAUCGUCAGCGCCUCAGCUGCCAUUGCACCCAAGGACGUGGUCUUCUACAGAUUCCUGAAGCCCUGGCUGGGGGAUGGGCUCCUGCUGAGUGGCGGUGACAAGUGGAGCAGGCACCGCCGCAUGCUGACACCCGCCUUGCACUUCAACAUCCUGAAGUCCUACGUGAGGAUUUUCAAUGACAGUGUGAACAUCAUGCAUGCCAAGUGGAUGCGUCUGGCCUCGGAGGGCAGUGCCCAUCUGGACAUGUUUGAGCACAUCAGCCUCAUGACCCUCGACAGUCUGCAGAAAUGUGUCUUCAGUUUCGACAGUAACUGCCAGGAGAAGCCUAGUGAAUACAUUUCUGCCGUCUUGGAGCUCAGCGCCCUUGUGACAAAGCGGAACCAGCAGAUCACCCUGCACAUGGACUCCCUGUACCACCUCAUCCCUGACGGAUGGCGCUUCCGUAGGGCCUGCCGCCUGGUGCAUGACUUCACAGAUUCUGUCAUCCAGGAGCGGCGUCGCACCCUCCCUGAUCAGGGUCUUGAUGACCUCCUCAAGGCCAAGGCUAAGGUCAAGACUUUGGACUUCAUCGACGUGCUCCUGCUGGCCAAGGAUGAAGAUGGGAAGGAACUGUCAGAUGAGGACAUCCGAGCUGAAGCUGACACCUUUAUGUUUGCGGGACAUGACACCACAGCCAGCGGCCUCGCCUGGGUCCUGUACAACCUCGUGAGGCACCCGGAGCACCAGGAGCGGUGCCGGCAGGAGGUGCGAGAGCUCCUGAGGGACCGCGAGCCUAAAGAGAUUGAGUGGGAUGACUUGGCUCAGCUGCCCUUCCUGACCAUGUGCAUCAAGGAGAGUCUGCGGUUGCAUCCUCCAGUCACUGUCAUCUCCCGACGUUGCACCCAGGACAUUGUGCUCCCAGAUGGCCGGGUCAUCCCCAAAGGUGUUAUCUGCCUCAUCAGUAUUUUCGGGACCCACCACAGCCCAUCCGUGUGGCCAGACCCUGAGGUCUAUGAUCCCUUUCGCUUUGACCCAGAAAACACCAAGGAGACGUCACCUCUGGCCUUCAUUCCCUUCUCAGCGGGGCCCAGGAACUGCAUCGGGCAGACGUUCGCCAUGACGGAGAUGAAGGUGGUCCUGGCGCUCACGCUGCUGCGCUUCCGCGUCCUGCCGGCCGGGGAGGAGCCGCGCCGGAAGCCGGAGCUGAUUCUGCGCGCCGAGGGCGGACUGUGGCUGCGGGUGGAGCCGCUGAGCGCGGGCCCCCAGUGACCCACGGCCUCCCGACCCGGGAUCCACCCCGACCCCACACCUCACUGUGCAGAUUCCCAGCAAUAAAUCUGUGCUGUCACCUCUGCCCCAGCCUAUCGGGAGCCAGCAGGGGGCGGUGGUGGCUGUGGAGGAUGGGGAGGGGCCAUGGUGGGUGGAGGCGGGGCCAGUGUCUCUGAGUCCGACACCCUGCCUGCCUCUCCCGCUGACCACAGGGCCCCACGCCGCUCGAGAGUUCUUCUAGAAACCAACGAGGGACUGCAUCCUGUGGGCAGUAGGGAGCUGUGGGAGAUGUCUGAGCAGGAGGGGGCCAGGGUGGAGGACGGACGUAAGGGGCACAUUUGAGGCUCUCAGCUGGGGAUGAGAACCUGUGCUCUGAGCACUCUGACUUUGGUUCCAUCUCCUAAUAUACCCAAUCUUUCCUCACCUCAGAACCCUUCGCUAUGUAUCUGUGGUUACUGUGUUACUGUCUUGACUUGAACAUGACAAGCCGGAUGCUUUA